AUGGGGGCUCCUCCAGGAUUAGCCGCUCCUCCCCCAGGCGUCCCGGCCCGUCCAGGGCCACCAGGCAUGCAGCAAGCGAAUGUACCACCGGCAGGUCGUGGUGCGCCGGCCUCCUUUCAGCCUCCGAACCUACCCAACAUCAACUUCAGCGCCCCCGUGAUUCGGCUCGGCACGACAGGUCCGUCGGGCGGCAACGAGCGAGGCGAUGGUCCCAGACCGGGCGGCCGCCCGGGACUGGGCAUGGACAGAGGACUAGACCAAGGACGGUCGUCGAACCGCGAAGCGACGCAGAUCUUGAUCCCUUAUACGGCCGAGGAAAAGCUGCGCACCAUGUUCAUACACGAGAUCCCAGACGGCGUGAGCGGCGAUGGGAUUCAAAAAGUCCUCAGCUCUGUGGGACGGCUCAGGAGGUGGGAGGCGCUGGAUAGCGUCAUGGAUGAUCAUAAAGGCGCCAAAUUUGGCUUUGCCCUGUUCGAGGAUGUCGGGUCGUUGCACAACGCCGCACGCCUACUAGUUGAGGAGGAGGUGCAAGUGCCCAAGGCCAAGCAGCCCAUCGCAACAGAACAGCCCAAGGACGACACAUUCGAAGGCGUUGAGACAGUCAAGCUACACACAUCUCUGGACGCUAGCACGGUCAAUUACUUGGAAGCAUUUCGCAAGGACGAGGAAGAAGCCGAUGCUGGCGAGGCGCAUGCCCGUGCGCAGCUCAGGCAGGCUCUACGAGAUUUAUUCUACCCAUUAUCAGCCUCAACAUCUGGGCAUGUGGAUACCGCCAUGGACUAUGAAAGAACCGGUGAGGCAAUAGAGAUUGUCAACAUUGGCAUGGGGCAGGAGGACGAGCUAUCCGACAUCCCUUCCGAGAUUCGCGAAGUUGUUCUGAAAGAGAUUGCGGCUUUCCGCGAGCGCAGCAAUCAGCACGACUUGGAGCGUCUACGCGGCGAGGAAGAGUUUGAAGAGCAAGAGCGACGACGCAACGGAGCCUCGCGACCCGUAGCGACGCACGACGGCUCCAACGGUACGCCCCUCGGCCCUCGCGGCGCGCCAUCCGGCCCCCGCGCCCACAACGGAAAUGGCAACUCCUCCUUUGUCAACGGCGGCGUGGAGAAUGGCAGCGGCCCCAGCUACCGCGACGACGACACGGAUGCCAGUGAUGAGGAGCUCCAGCGGCGGCACCUGCGGGAGGAGCAAGCCGAGGCGGACAAGUCAUACGAGGACGCGGAACGGCGGUGGGCGAACCGGGAGCGGGCCCGACAGGCGGCGCUGGACCGGGAGCAGAACCGCGAAAAGAAUGGCGCCGAGGCGCAGCAGCAGCGCGCGCAGGCACGCCUGGCGCAAGACAAGGAAUGGGACGACGAGCGCGAGGCCGGGCGCAAGUCCCACCCGUACUACCGCGACCGCGCCGCGUGGGCGCGCAAGCGCGGCAUGGACCGCGCGGACGAAGAGGCCCGAGACGAGGCGGACCGCCGGCAGGAGCGUGACGAGCAGCGCCGCACGCAGGCGCAGCUCGAGCGUGCCCGCGGCAUGGCCGAUUCCUUUCUGGACAAGCAGGCCGAAGAGUCGGACCGCGCCGCGACCGAAGCCGCCUCUGCUGCUGCUGCUGCUGCUGCUAGCGCUGCUGCUGCCGAAACGACGGCUGCAGCACCCCAGCCGUUCAAGCUCUCCCUCGGCGCGGCCGCGCAGAAAGCGCACGCUUCCCGCACGGCGGCGACGCAGCGGCGACGCACCGUCGCCGAGGUCGAAGGCCUGCUCGACGACGAGGAGGAGCAGGCCCAGGGCACGCGGCGCCGGCAGCUUAUCCCCAUGGAGCCGGUGGACACGCGUGGCAGCGGCACCGGCGCCGACGGCGGCAUGACGGAGGAGGAGGUGUCGCGGGCGGUGCGCGCGCUGGCGCAGGAGAUCCCGUCCGACAGGGACGGCCUGUGGGCGUGGCCCGUCCAGUGGGACUACAUGGACGACGGCGUCAUGGCCGGUCGUCUCCGGCCGUUUGUCGAGCGCAAGAUUGUCGAGUACCUCGGCGUCCAGGAGGAGAUGCUCGUCGAGGCGGUCGAGGAGCACUUGCGGAAGCACGGGACGGCGGCGGCGCUUGUGGAGGAGCUGGAAGGGGCACUGGACGACGAGGCCGAGGACCUGGUCAAGAAAUUGUGGCGCAUGGUCAUCUUUUUUACGGAAUCGGAGAAGAGGGGUCUCCCAGCGUAA